UCCGUGGGGGCACAGGGCCCGGGGGGACACCGCGACAGGCCUGAGGUGGCCGGGCCCGAGCUCUCCGCCUCGGCAGUGGGCGGUCGGUGUGGGAGGGGGUGAUGGACUUAAAGGUUUUUCCCGUUUAUUCAGGCUGGGUGGGGGUAUUUCUGCUCCUAAGCGUGUUUUGAGGAAGGCGUGCCCUCCUCAGAAGUCCUGAGUUUGGCGUGGUGGUGUUUACUGCGUGUCUCACUGAAGGGCUCGUUAAAUAUCGGAGUUUUACGUGCUUCCCGAUGGAGGUAGGAGCAGGUGUCAGAAGGUACGAAACCAGAAAUAAGACGGCAGGAACGGAACUGUCAGCCAAAUCCCGCGUGGACUGGAGACGCACUAAAAGGGAGCUCAUACUGUUUGACAGCGAUGACGAAUCCUCGUUUGCCUCAGAGGAGGAAGAGUCCACUGAAUCCACCGUGUCAGAAGACGGAUUGGGUGAAAAAGAUGAAACUGUUCUGAAGAAUGGCUUUGCGGAUCAGGAAGAGAAAAUCCACAGUGGGGAAAUAACAGAUGAUGAAUGCGUUGUGCCUGGGAAGCGUAAGAGGUUGAACAGCUCGGUACUGCACGACAGUGAUGAAAGCGAGGACAGUGAUAUCCUUGUUAGGAAAGUUUUUGCCAAACGCCAUUGUAUAAUUAACGAAGAUGAGAGUUCCCAAGAACAGCAGCCUGAUAAAACCUGCCCUACAGAAAAUGUUUCUACUAAUAGGAAACAGAAUGUAUUGGCAAAAUUGAAAGGUCUUGCAAGACAAAGAGCAUCUCGGACAUCCUGUAGGAGUGAAAAUUGUGAGGAUACCAAUAGUGAAACAGAAAUAGAAGAGGAACCAUUCUGUUACCUCACACCAACAGAAGAAAGUGAAACUGACAGUGAUAGCAUGAAAGACUUUAUAGUUAAUGAUGAGGAAGAAGAAGGUGGUGAUGACGACACAGAGCAAGUAAAGAGUGAAAAAAAGCAACAAAAAGAACUAAAUACAUCAAAUAGCGAAUUGCUGGCAUACUACAUCCCACAUUUAUCUCGCUGUAGUCCUUAUGUACACUUCCAAAGAAUAGUAAAGGCUUUUCUCAUAAAUGCAAUUGAUGACACUUUCCUGAAGUCAUUGUAUGAUGGAACAAGGCAAAAGAAGUAUGCACAAGAUAUGUUGCUCUCCCUUCAUUAUUUGGAUGACCGUUUCAUUCAGCCUCGUCUUGACAACUUAAUCUCCAGAAGUCGCUGGAAAGAUCGGUACAAGGAGCGUGUUGAUUGUUACCCAAAUGUUCGCAUCAUCUUGAAAAAUCCAACAAAUAAGUUUUGUCAGGCCUGUGGAUUGAAUCGGUAUUGUAAGUUCAAUGUGCUACUAUCUGGAAAGCUUUAUAAUAGCAGAACCUUGGAAGCAGAUGACUUCAUGUCGGAUGACAAACAGGUUUUGAAGGUUGGUGUAGUGUGUGCAGAUCGUACAAGAGUUUACCAUAAUUUGAAGCACUUCAAAUACAAGUUGUAUGUGGAUUGCAGCUCCAUUACCAAGUUGGAUGGUGUUGAGGAUGAAUCAGUUAAAGACACAGUCGAACGGCUUUUCAGUCACCUGGAAGACACUGGGUGGAUUCAGAAGAAAUACAAUGAUCUUGAAAACUACAUGAAUGAUGCAGACAAUUUCCAAGACGAAAAAAUGGAUUAAGUGGUCAUAUAGUUCUUUGAAAGACGUCCUGUAAAGAACUGAAUGACCUGUUUUAUCUGCGUGCACUUUAUCUCUGCCUGGUCUUCAGUAUUCCUUUUAGACUGUAUUAUGCUUAAAUCCAUGUGUCUGUAAACCACUGUGUAAGAAUAUGCUGUAUCUUCUUUUCAUCUGUUUAAAUAAUAACCCGAAGUUUUACCAAAUGGAUCUUUCCAGUCUUACUGCACAGGUCACUCUAAGUUUCCUCUUAUUCUUAAGUAAACAGAUACUGAGAUGUUACUUUUGUGAAAUAAAACUUCUGCCUAC